UAGCUAGGGUGUAAUUAGCACAGCUAUGACUAUCUUCCGUCUGUUUUCUGUAAACAAGCGCUGUAACAUGGAAAUAUGGGCGUGUGAAAACCCUAACCCUUUUAACGUCCAGAACGAGCGUCGGGUCUCUUAACAAAACUCCUCCGUCCAGAAAAUACUACCAUCAAUAGGCACUAAAGGUAGUUUGUGUGCCUGAAUGGGUUAGGCCUAGAGUAGAGAUGUCUAAACUAAUUAAGCAAACACUGGACUUAUCCCAUCCUCACAUCACAAUCUUGUGUGGUAAACAUGCUUUUGAUUGAAUCUCUCCGUUUCAGGUUGCGCCUUCACUGCCCUUGCAGGAGGACUUUAUGUAUCACUGGAAGGCCAUCGCACAUUAUUACAUAGAGACAUCGGAUGACAAAGACCAAGUGACAGACACCAACAUCCCGUCUCAUCUGGAGCUGAUGCUGGACAUCCUGACGCAGGAGGAGUCAGAGAGAGAGUCUGGAGAUACUGGGCCAUGCAUGGAGUACCUGCUGCACCACAAGAUCCUAGAGACCGUCUACACCCUGGGCAAGGCAGAUCAGUGUCCUCCGGGAAUGAAGCAACAGGUCCUGAGUUUCUACACCAAGCUGCUAGGACGCAUUCGCCAGCCUCUACUGCCCCACAUCAAUGUCCAUAGACCUGUACUGAUCAUACAACCAACCAUCCGUGGAGAUCAGUGGACAAAGGGCUGGACAAUGGACCGCACCGAAAAAACGCAUGGUUCCCAUAAAAAGCUGCCACUAAUCGAUGGUGGCUCAGGGCGGUAACAUUCUGCUCAUCUGAUGAAGGUGCACAUGGAUCAGAUUCAAACUUUGAAGACCGAGAUCGAGUCAUUGAAGGCAGACCAGCAGAAAGAGAAACAUUAUCUGAGGGCAGAGAUACGAGGGACAGCUGAUGCAUUGGUCCAGAGCCAGGCAGUAUUGGCAGAGUGUCACUCCUCAUUGACAGAGAGUCAGGCGGAGAAUGACGCGUUGAAGAGGGCGAGGAAGGAGAUGGAGUCACAAUCCAUUCCAGGCACACCUGUGAGCUCUGGAAUUCCACCUCCUACAGGCAGAGUCAACAUAUGUGACAUUUCCAUUUUCCUUCUGACAACAGAACUGGACCAACUGCUCACCAGGCACAGCGAGGGCUGUCCGGAUCGUUACGCUGUUCUGCUAUUCCAAGGAUGUUUAACCGAAGAGAGAUACCACGAGUGGACACAGAAUACGAACUGCGAUGGAUCCCGAGGCAAAUGUGGCUCUGGGUGUUCGUCAUUAAAACUGUCUCCAGAAGUUUCUGUCCGUGACUGAUGCAACCUGAAAAAGCAUUCAAGAAAGAGUUAAUGAGUACUUGAGGUCACCGAGAAAGUCUAGACAUGGCAUGCUCUCCCUUAUGUAAGGAAUUAUUAAUUACUUUACCAUAUUUACUACAGUAUUUACUGUAGGCUAUGUUUACUUGUCAGACUGCACAGUAGCCUAAUAAACAAAUGCAGGUGGCUUCUUUCUUCAAAAUGCUUUAAAUGCUUUAUUCAAAUGUUUAAAGUGCAUGUGGGCAAUCUCAUGCAACCGCAAAAUGUCGGAUAAACCAUAUACUGUACAGUUCUGUAUUUCUUCAUCAGCAUCUUUAUGCUUUCGUUAAUGAAAAAAUACUCAAAAAGCAAAUGUUUAUUUCGUUAUGGAUCCAUAACAAAUUAUUUCAUGGGAUUAAAUAUCACUGAAUGACAGAUUGUUUACCUUCAUUAGCCUACUUUGUUCCAAAGUGUUGCUUACUGGAAAAUACUCUUUAAAUAUUAAUGGAAGAGACAGCAUUCAGAGGUCAAGAUAGCGCUGCUCUGAGACAAGCAUGGGGACUGGUCUUGAUAAAUCAACAAGAUUUAUAUUUUCACUGUAUCGCCGUGUGGGUAUUGGUUAGACUACAAUUAGGGGUGUGGAAAUGUUAGGAUUACUUUGCUCUUACUGUAGUACUGUAGCCUACUCCCGACCUGUCACAUUGUAUAGCUCCAUUAGGUUCUAUUAGCAGGACAACAGACUAUUGCCAAGAAGGAGGGUAUCGUCAAAUGUAUUUCUUAGUUAAGUUGGUUGUAUCACAACCGGUGUAGGCCGUCAUUGUAAAUAAGAAUUUGUUCUUAACUGACUUGCCUUGUUAAAUAAAGGUCACGUUGU